AUGGAUGAAUUACGACUGACGACUGUUUAUUAAUUUCUUAUUUACUAUUAUAUAUAUUCUCGGCAAUUUGUUUGUAACUUGGUAACCAAUAAUUUGUUGGUAAUCUCUAUGGUAACUUUUUAUAAGACUGAAUAGAUGUCGCUACAGUGAUUUUCAAUAAACACAUGGUAUUUCAAGGUUAGAAUAUUAAUCAGAGUAAUUCAUAGACAUGGUAAGACUAUUAUUAAUUUAUAUCAUACGAAAUAGACUUUAAAAUAUUAUGAAUAGAGUAUUUGUUUGAGUGUAUUGUUUUUUUAGGCCACUGCAAUGAGGAAAGAGUUUUCGAAAGCGAAGAAAAUGAUACAUCCAAAUAGCAGAAAGUCUAUUGCCAUUACAAAAAGAGCCAAAAAGUAAGUUAAAUUACUAUUAAAUCUAGUGGUUUUCUAUAUAUAUUUUAUCCAUUAUUUAUUCUAUAUUUUGUAUAUUAAUAACUGUAAUAAAUGCAUACUUUGUUCCAGAAUAUUAAAUAGACAAAAAUCAAAAAUGGGCGGUUUAAUAAAACAGAAUUUAAUAGGAGAGAAAAUGUUAUGGAUCAAAGAACAUAUGAUUUCAGAUGUGUGCCCAUACACUCCAGAGUUAACUGCACGUUUGUUAGAAACGUAUAUAGCAAGAAAUGAUGAAGAAAUGGAACAAAUUACUAUCAAAAGAUCUAUAGGUACUAAAAGGAGUAGACAGCAUGCUAGUAGGGAAGAUAUCAUUAGAAUGACCAAAGAAAGAGAACAAGAAGAAUAUAAUACAUGUGGAAUAGAAAUUCCUGAUAUUUUGAAUGUAACUCAGUGUGAGAUGUUAAGGAAUUGGAAUGGUGAAUUAAAAUACAUGAGUAAUUUUAAAUUUAGAAGAUUUGGUAAGAAACAUUUAAAUGAAGCAUUACUGAAAGCAAGUAAAGAGUCAAAAGAAAGCAAAGAUAUGCAAAUAAAAAUUCAAGAAAAACUAGAAAAUCCUUCUAAAGAAAUUAAGUCAGAAAACAAAGAGAAUUUAUUAAAUAAAUCAACUGAUUUAGGUGAAAAUAACCAAUUGACAGAUUGUAAUGUGGAAAUGGAAUAAAUUUUAUAUAUAUAUGUCUUUUUUACUUUCAUUCUCUAUUUAAAAAGAAAGAAAAACAAUAAAAACGAAUAAUUUUGUUCUUUUUCACAUGUGGAAUGUUAUAUGUGGGUUUGUUUGAUUCUCAUCUCGCAUAAAAAAUAAUGCUGUCAAGAAUAAAAAGCAUGAUGAAAGAAAAAAAUAUUGUAGAUUGUAAAAUAUUCAACAAAACUGGAACAUGUAAAUGACUUAUGUGCACACCAUAAAUUCUUAAGUCUCAUCUUCACAUUUCAUCUUUUCUUGUUUUGUUUCGUUCUAUAAAUAAGAAUAGAAAUAGAGUAAUUACAUAAAAAUAAUGAAAAUUUUGAUUCAAUUGUAAAUCAAAAUCUUAUAUUUCAGAAAAAAUAUAUUCAACAAAUAAUUGUUAAA